GCACGCGAUGACCGGAAACCGUGGCUCGUCUCGCUCGUCCCAAAACCCUAGCCGAACGCUGGGCCAUGUCUUUCCGCUGCGCCAGUGUCUAAUUUCUCAGCGCUGAGUCCACUCUCCGUUCGUGUGCCCGUCUCGCAGCCCUGUCUCGUCAUCAUGACUAAGCGCACAAAGAAAGCCGGUAUCGUUGGAAAGUACGGUACCCGUUAUGGUGCUAGUUUGAGGAAGCAGAUCAAGAAGAUGGAGGUCAGCCAGCACUCGAAGUACUUUUGCGAGUUCUGCGGGAAGUUUGCAGUGAAGAGGAAAGCUGUUGGCAUCUGGAACUGCAAGGACUGCGGUAAGGUUAAAGCCGGAGGCGCCUACACCUUGAACACGGCAGCUGCAGUUACUGUGCGCAGUACCAUCAGGCGAUUGAGGGAGGCAACUGAGAGUUAGAUGGUGUAGUACUUGUAGAGCCAUAUCAUACUCUUGAAAUUUUGAUGUAUGGCAGCAUUGCGUGCCAUUUGAGUGUGACACAAGCUCUGAUUGAGCCUUUCUUCUGUGUGCUUAGUUCUCCUUGGUGGUUUGUUCAUUCUGUGCGUCGAGGAAGAACACACCUACCUUGGUCGACAUUCUCCAUCUGGUUGUCUGCCAAGAUGUUCAUCGUUUCAUUUUGAAAAGGUAUGUCUGCAGAAUGAAAAUCUUAUGCAUUGUAUGUGAGCAGAUUGUGAAAAAUUAAGUAAAGCUCUGAAAGAUCCAAUAAUUUUUAAA